AUGACACUUGAAUGGCUCUUCACCUUCGUGUGGGCUACACAAGCACCAAGACGUGGCGUGACUGUCGAACACACGGCUCCCUGGGCUGACAGCCAUCGUGUGUGUUUGUGCAGGCCGCAGACGAAGAAUGAAGAGAACGAGAAGUGGUUGCGAGAUCCUCGGGAUGGGGCCGUCAUCAUCGCCCAGCACUCGGCGAGGCUCCAGGGGCAGGUGGCGCCCCGAGCCGUGCCUGAGGGCAUCGGUAGUUUCGGUUCGGCCAUCGACAUGGGCACCAGUUACUUCGACAUCAGCUUCAAGCCCACAGAGGAAGUCACCCACUACACCGUCUGGCCUCAGAUGCUUGCGUGCCUCUCUGCCAUCUCAUACCACUUCCCAGUCGGCGCCGUUGUAGCUUUCUCUGCAAUCCUGAUUCCUCAACUUGAAGCGGCCGACUCGGAUUUCAAAGUAACUAAGACGGAUACGUCUUGGAUAGCAAGUUUGGUGGUGUUGGUGGUACCAGUGGGGGCCCUCAUAACGGGUUACUUGGUGGACAGGAUUGGGCGGCUGAACACCAUCAAGGUGGGAGCGAUACCAUUCGUCAUCGGCUGGGUCUUGAUAGCCACCUCGCAGAAUCUCACGAUGCUGUUGGUCGGCAGAUGUCUCACAGGAUCAGCUCUCGCCAUGGGUCCGAGUCCUGCCGUUGUCUACGUCACAGAAGUGGCCAGAGCUGAUCUCCGAGGAGCACUCAUCUGCAUGGGACCUACCCUGACCUCUUUUGGUAUGGUGAUCAUCUACACGAUGGGAGCGUUCUUACACUGGCGCACGGUGGCGUGGUUGUCCAUAGCAUUCUGUAUAUGUCCCUUGCUGUUCAUGACCCUCUGGUCGCCAGAGAGCCCGGUCUGGCUCAUCUCCAAGGGCAGGACCAAGGAUGCCCUUAAGUCCCUCACCUACCUCUCUCGCAGAGACAAAAAGAAUCAAGCAGGGGUAGCAGAGCAGCAACUUGCUGAGCUGCUGAAGGAACACAAUGCAAAGAAGGGUCAGACCAUUCAGCAGGGUUCCUCCAUCACCAGGCUGCUCAAAGCUCUCAUCAGACCCAAUGGAUAUAAGCCCUUCCUGCUCCUCAUCUUCAUUUACUUCUUCCAGCAGUUCUCUGGAAUCUACAUCACCAUCUUCUAUGCCGUCUCGUUCUUUAAGGAUGUGGGAGCAGCUAUAGAUCCAUACGUGAGCACAGUUGCCAUCGGAGUGGUGCGGAUGGUGAUUGGACUGCUGACAUCAUUCCUGCUGCGCAGUUUCGGCCGUCGUCCACUCUACAUGGUGAGCGGUGCCGGGAUGGCAGCAUCCAUGUUUAUUUGCGGUUACAUCACCAGAGAAGUGGCAGCAGGUAACAUGGAGAAAAGCUAUGUGCCGGUUAUCUGUGUGCUGAUCUACAUGACUCUGGGUGUCACGGGGCUGAUGAGCAUACCCUGGACCAUGACCGCCGAGCUGUACCCUCUGGAGAUACGCGGAAUGGCACAGGGACUCACCAUCUCACUGGCUCAUGUCAUCAUGUUCUCCGCUCUCAAGAUCUACCCGUUCCUGGAGCAGAUGUUGGGCGGUGUGUACGCGGUGCACUGGCUCUUUGCGUCCGCCUCCCUCGGCUCCGUCAUCUUCAUCUUCAUCUUCCUGCCUGAGACGCACAAGAAACUGCUCACAGACAUCCAGGACUACUUCUUGCGCAACACCAUCUACAUCCUGAGCAAGGAUAAGCCACGGGAGGUGAAGACGGAACCAGAAACUGGAACCGAGUUGAAGAAAAUCAACGAGAAGGAAAUGGUUUGAAGGUGCCUUUUAUGAUCUGCCUUUGAAAAUGAUAUUCUAAUGUUAAUCAAACAUGUGACCUUUACGUGAGAAUUUAGAUGAAACAUGGACAGGAGUAAUGAAUUAAUUUUUUAAGUACAAGGACUACUUAAACAAGAACUUUUAUUUACUUUAUGAUCGUUUCAAUCAUUGUAUGUCUCUCAAAUAAUGUAAUUUAUAACAUUUGUUUCCUUUGAAGAUAUUUAGUUUUUUAAGAUUUUCUUUUAUAUGUACAUACUUUAUUACUAUUACCAUUUGUAAAUAGCACACUGCGUUUUGUUCAUUUGUAAAGAUUAUAUGUGAUUAAAAAUAUAUUCCUUUAACUGUAAUACAUAUAUUGCUUAUGUUGGCAGUAUUUAUGAAGUGGCUUAGCUGUCUUGCUCUUUUUAUAAAUCAUUCUUAAAAUGGCCUCAGGUAACUUAUACAAUGAUGACUUAACCAUUAUCAUCCAUAUAUUUUUAUAAUUAAUAUUUUAAUUUUAUAAUAUUGUAAAUAAUAUUUUUUUAUAUUAUUCCCAGCAAUGUCCAUGUAACUACUUAAGUACUAAAGUACAAAAUUUACCAAGUACUGAAUUAUAUUUGAUAAGUAGGCAUUAAAGAGAGAUUAGUUCUCUUUUUUUUGAACAACUUUUUCAGUAUAACCGGUGCUAAACUUAUUUUUUAUGAAUGUGUGUUUAAAUAAAGACAGAAGUUAUUGUUAA